UCCCCAGGUGUACCUGUGACGUCACCAGGUGCGUCAGUGACAUCACCAGCCGUACCUAUGACGUCACCAGGCGCCCCCAUGACGUCACCAUCCCCGGGGGCGUGGCCGGUGGCGCGGGAGCGGCUCCAGGUGUCCCUGAGCGAAGCCGUUUCCGUCUCUCGGCGCCUCCUGAGGGACCCCCCGGGGGGAGGGGGGGAGGGGCGCCCCUCCCCCACCCGCGGCUCCAGCGCCGACAUCCGAGCCAAGGCCUCCCGCCUCUCGCUGCCGCUGCCGCCUCUGGCCCUGCGGCCUCUCCCGCUGCGCUGGGGCGCGCCCGAAACCUCUCGGGGGGACCCGGACGAGGACGACGAAGACGAGGAGGAUGAGGAAGAAGCGGCGGGACCCGAGGAGGCCUCGGCGGGGCCCGUCCCGCUCGUGGUUUCGCGCUGGGACGGCCGCGGCCUCCGCGGCCUCCUGAAACCUCCGCGGCGCCCGCCGGAAGUCGGACUGAGCUCCAACCGGAAGCGAAAAGCGGUAUCCUUCUUCGAUGACGUCACAGUGCACCUAUUCGAUCAGGAGACGCCGACCAACGAGUUGAGCGGGCAGAGCGGCCCCGAGGAGCCCGCGGCGAUGGCGCCCCCCGAUGGCCUGGCCGCCGUCGAGAACUGAGCCCGGGGGAGGGG